UUUGAACAACAAGGCGGUAGUAAAAAAGUGAAUAUUUGUUUAUUCAAAUAAAAUAAUGCUGUUAAGUGUAUUUAACAUAAAAUUGACAGUUUAAGGACAAGUUUAUCCUAGCCAUAAAAGGAUAAAAGUUGUUUUAAUAGUUUUCUUUACUGAAGUAAUAUAUAUUAAAACUUAAUCAAACUGGCUCACAUGGCAAUGCAUCAUAAUUCCAUGUUUCCGGGUACGGCAACAAAGUUUCAAACACGGCCAGCAUCGCCACAAUUUGCCAGCUUUUCGCCGCCCUCUGAUUAUCCACAUGUUCAGGCUCAAGCAACUGUACAUUUGCAUAAUCAACAACAACAACAGCAGAAACACCUUCAGCAGCAACAACAACUACAACAAAUGCAACAACAUCAUCUGCCACAGCAACAAUAUCCAUCUCAUGGUAUGUCCAUGCGUCAUCCCGGCAAGAGCAUGAAUGCCGGCAGUAGUAUUAAAUCUCGUUCAAAUUCUUCAUCCGCUCAUCAUAUGGUGAAUUCAAAUACUAUGACGGGUGGCAUGUUGGCAACUAUGUCGAGUGGUGGUAGUUUGGGCCAUCAUCGUGGUGAUUUAAUAUUUCCUGACGAAAUGGAUAGUAUAGAAUUUUGUAUGCCUCCAGCACCAGGACCUUCAAAUGGCAUGGGUCAUGGUGUAAGCAGUGAAAUGUUGCUGGUACAUGGCAAGAAUGGCUUAUGUACGGGUGAAGCCUUUACAGAGAGACGAAGGAGAGGCCACAGUAGGCGCAGCAAUCAUAAAAUGGAUGUAGAACAGCAGGUUAAAUGGUCUCGUAAAAAUAUUGCUGCCACCAUGGAACGUUUCGAACCUACGCAACACCAUUCCUCUUCAUCGACUUCGUCGCUUGAAUAUGGUUUCGCCGCCAGCGUUGUAACACCUUCAUCGACACCAUCACACCAUUCGCAGCAGCAAAUUUCACCUGCACCCUCUCAAACUUAUCAAGGUGGAGCUGCGGCAGUAGCAGCAUCGAGUAAUUCUGCUGGUCCUUCGGGUUCUACACCCUACAAUCAUGUUUAUUCUUAUGCUUACUAUGAACCAGGCGCUGCAAAAUGUCACAUUAAUAUACCGCAAAAGGAUGAAGCUUCGGCCAUUGUACCAGCCCCAUUGAUAAGUGCCGCACCUCCUUCCAAAAGUCCAACCCGCAAUUCCAUUAGAGCAUUACUGGCUAAAAGUUUUCGUUCAAAAUCGAAUAGUGGCCAAUCGACAUCUUCUUCGCCCAGCGGCACUGAUGAGAGACAUACAUAUACCACUCGUUACGGUACAACUGAAAACCUUUACGAGGAGGUUAAUGAUCAGAAAAUACGUAAAGUCUUGUCCGAUAAUCGCAUAGCGACAUCCAAUGUUAAGGAAGAGCUUAGAAGAGUUCAGCACAAUCACUUUCGGGUAUUAGAUGAAUUGAAUUUGUCAUUGGAAGCUUUGAUUAUGCCUGAAACCCCACCCGAUGUAAGUCCCAAUCAAGUGGAAGAUGAUGAAGGUCCUUCUACUAGUGCUGCAGCGGCGGCAGUAGCAUCGGCAACAUCUAGGGCAUCUGUAUCCUCUGGUUCUCAUAGGGGACCACGUCGUGGAGGUUUGUUGGGAGGUGCCGCUUCCUCUUCUUCAUCCACAGUGUCUUCUUCACAGCAGCGUACCUUAUCUCACGCCAGCCUAGAAAAUCUUUCUUCAACUCUAAACUCCAUCGAACUGAAGGAUCACACCCACAGUUCUUGUAUAAAUCCUGAGUUUGAUGAGGGUGACCUCGAUAGUGGCUUCAGUGGUAGUGGCAGUAGCAGUGGUGCGAGUUAUAAUGAAAGUCUGCGCUACUAUAAAACAGGACCAACGCCAAGUCAUCAGCACCACAACCACCACGCCCAACAACAUCAACUGCACCAGCAUGCUGGUCAGCAUCAUCUUAUACAACCCACCACUUUACCCCACAAUAUGCGUAGUUGUCGAUCAUCAACUGCAUCCGGUACAUCGACUUCCAAAAGUAGUAUGGUUUCAUCCGAGGAUCAGGGCAUUGGCAUGAUGACUUCUUUGGGUAGCUGUGGAACAGCUGUUACCUCACCAGCAAAUGGUCAUUUACUAGCGUCGCCCUUUAACUUCGCCCGCCGUAGCUCCGACACACAACGGGCAUCCGGCCGCUCAGCCUCUGAUUCCUCUGCGACGGGUGCUAAACCGAAAAAAAACUUUUGGAAACUAAAACCGUGAUGCUGUAAAAAGGCUUUACGUAAACUCUGCAAAAAAUGGAGUAUAGUGGUGGUAAGUUAUUAUUAAGUUAAGCAUUUACAACAAGUGAUGUAACUGUAACAAAUCAUAAAAAUACAUAAAAUAUUCUAAAAAAAAAAAUAUUACUAUUAUACUAUUAUUAAUUAUAUUAUUAAAAAACGAAAUGCAUUUUUAGUUAAACUAAGCAUACAUGUAUUUGUUAAUUUAAAAAUAAAAUAACUAAAGUAAAACACAAAACCAUUAAACUAUCAAAACGAAUGUGAAUAAUAAAUCUAUUGAAUUUUUUGAGUUAAACAAAA